UUUGCAAGAUCCACCGCUUAUUGAAUGUACAACUACAGCUUUUGUCUUUUCAUAUAUUUUUUCCUGAAUUCUAUAGGACUAUUUAUAUCAGUUGUACUUUCCUAAGCUUUUACAAUCUUACUAUAAAACAAAGUCCUAAACUAUAUUUGUGACUCAGUCCCCUUAAUUCCACUACAAGUAAUAGCUAGAAAGCAUUGAAGAAGAAGGAGAAAUAUAAAAGAUGGGAGAUCAAUUACCAGCAAUAGUGAUGGUGUUAUUACAAUGUGUAUUUGCGGUUAUGGCACUUUUGAAUAGAGCUGCCCUUGUUAAGGGCAUGAAUCCUAGGGUCUUCAUGUUUUAUAGACAAGCAAUUGCCACUUUGGUCAUGUGUCCUAUUGCUUUCUUUUCAAGGGGAAAAUCAAGUGGUUCUUUCAUGGGAUUUAGGACAUUUCUUUUGAUAUUUGUCACCGCAUUCAUUGGAGUGGUGAUGAAUCAAACGAUGUACUUUGAAGGAUUGUAUUUGGCUUCAUCGUCAAUUGCGACCGCCAUGUCUAAUUUGGUCCCUGCAGUUACCUUCUUGACAGCUGCUAUUUUGGGGAUAGAGCAAGUGCAUAUGAAGAAGUUGAGCAGCCUUGCAAAGAUGUUAGGGACAAUAUUUUGUGUGGUUGGAGCAGGCUGCAUGGCUUUGCUUAGAGGCUCAAAAUUACUGAAUGUUAAACUCCCACCAGCAGCCAACUCUCUUUUGCUCAACUCAUUUGAAGCUGAUCACACUUGGUUGCUUGGAUGUCUCUUUAUCUUUGCUAGCAUGUGUUGCUGGUCUUUCUGGCUCAUUUUACAGGUACCAUUAUCAACACGCUACCCUAAUCACUUAUCUCUCUCUGCUUGGAUGUGUUUCCUCUCUAUGUUGCAAUCUGGGGCAAUCGCCUUGUUCUUGGAGCAUGACGACCCAGACGCUUGGAAUUUGAGCUCAAAUCUUGAAAUCACUUGUUGCUUCUUUUCGGGAAUAUUUGGAUCGGGAGUUCAAUUCUUUGCACAAGCAUGGUGUAUAUCGCGAAGAGGUCCACUCUACUCAGCUAUGUUCAACCCACUAUCCACUCUUAUCACAACUAUCUUGGCAUGCUUGUUUCUUCACGAAGAACUCUACGUUGGCAGUUUACUAGGUGGUGCCGCGGUGAUUAUUGGCUUGUACAUUGUGCUAUGGGGUAAAUCAAAGGAGACCAAAGAAAUUCUAGAAUACGAUGAGCUUGAAGGUAGUUCACCAAAAACAGGACAACAGAAAGCAAUAUGUAAGAGUGAUGAUUUGGAGCAGCCUUUACUGACAGAUUAUUGUAUUGAAGAAGUUUAGAUUUAGCUGUAAAUUAUGGAAUAAUUAUUUAUAUUCUUUUGUGUCGAAAAUAGGCCAGAAAAGCGUCCAUAAAACACCGAAUUUGUUGUAGUAACUCGUUACACUUUACGAAUAUACAAGUAUAUACAUGUCAUUUUA